GAGCCCAAGAUGACGAGCACAGUGGCGUCCUACGAGCAGCUGCUGCGGCAGGUGGAGGCCUUGAAGGCCGAGAACAGCCACCUGAGGCGGGAGCUGCGGGACAACUCCAGCCACCUGUCCAAACUGGAGACGGAGACGUCCGGCAUGAAGGAGGUCUUGAAGAGCCUGCAAGGGAAGCUGGAGCAGGAGGCACGGGUGCUGGUAUCCUCAGGCCAGACCGAGGUGCUGGAGCAGCUGAAAGCCCUGCAGAUGGACAUUGCCAGCUUGUACAACCUCAAGUUCCAGCCGCCUGCCCUGGGGCCCGAGCCCACCGCCCGCACCCCAGAGGGGAGCCCAGUGCAUGGCUCUGGGCCCUCCAAGGACAGCUUCGGGGAGCUGGGCCGGGCCACCAUCCGGCUGCUAGAGGAACUGGACCGAGAGCGGUGCUUUCUGUUGAGUGAGAUGGAGAAGGAGGAGAAGGAGAAGCUGUGGUAUUACUCGCAGCUUCAGGGCCUGGCCAAGCGCCUGGACGAGCUGCCGCACGUGGAGACGCAGUUCUCCGUGCAGAUGGACCUGCUCCGGCAGCAGCUGGAGUUUGAGGCACAGCACAUCCGCUCGCUGAUGGAGGAGCGUUUCGGCACCUCGGACGAGAUGGUGCAGCGCGCGCAGAUCCGCGCCUCGCGCCUGGAGCAGAUCGACAAGCAGCUGCUGGAGGCGCAGGACCGGGUGCAGCACACCGAGCCGCAGGCGCUGCUGGCAGUGAAGCCGGUUCCCGUGGACGAGGAGCCCGAGACGGAGGUGCCCACGCACCCUGAGGAUGGCACCCCACAGCCAGGCAACAGCAAGGUGGAGGUGGUCUUCUGGCUGCUGUCCAUGCUGGCGACGCGGGACCAGGAGGACACGGCGCGAACGCUGCUGGCCAUGUCCAGCUCGCCCGAGAGUUGCGUGGCCAUGCGGCGCUCGGGCUGCCUGCCGCUGCUGCUGCAGAUCCUGCACGGCGCCGAGGCGGGCGCGGGGAUGCGCGCGGGAGGCCCGGGGGCGCCGGGGGCCAAGGAUGCUCGCAUGCGCGCCAACGCGGCGCUGCACAACAUCGUGUUCUCGCAGCCGGACCAGGGCCUGGCGCGCAAGGAGAUGCGGGUCCUGCACGUGCUGGAGCAGAUCCGCGCCUACUGCGAGACGUGCUGGGACUGGCUGGAGGCCCGCGCGGCCGGGACCGGGCCCGACGGCGGCGCGCCCGUGCCCAUCGAGCCGCAGAUCUGCCAGGCCACCUGUGCAGUGAUGAAGCUGUCCUUUGACGAAGAGUACCGCCGGGCCAUGAACGAGCUGGGUGGGCUGCAGGCUGUGGCCGAGCUGCUGCAGGUGGACCAUGAGAUGCAUGGGCUGAGCCGGGACCCACUGACCCUGGCCCUGCGGCGCUACGCGGGCAUGGCCCUCACCAACCUCACCUUCGGAGAUGUCGCCAACAAGGCCACCCUGUGUGCCCGCCGGGGCUGCAUGGAGGCCAUUGUGGCCCAGCUGGCCUCUGAGAGCGAGGAGCUGCACCAGGUGGUGUCCAGCAUCCUGCGGAACCUGUCCUGGCGGGCGGACAUGACGAGCAAGAAGGCGCUGCGGGAGGUGGGCAGCGUGACGGCCCUGACGCAGUGCGUGUUGCGGGCCUCCAAGGAGUCCACGCUGAAGAGCGUGCUGAGCGCCCUGUGGAACCUGUCGGCGCACAGCACGGAGAACAAGGCGGCCGUGUGCGCCGUGGACGGCGCCCUGGGCUUCCUGGUGAGCACGCUGACCUACAAGUGCCACAGCAACUCGCUGGCCAUCAUCGAGAGCGGCGGGGGCAUCCUGCGCAACGUGUCCAGCCUCAUCGCCACGCGGGAGGACUACAGGCAGGUGCUGCGGGACCACAACUGCCUGCAGACAUUGCUGCAACACCUGACCUCGCACAGCCUGACCAUCGUCAGCAACGCCUGCGGCACCCUCUGGAACCUGUCGGCCCGCAGCGCGCGAGACCAGGAGCUGCUGUGGGAGCUGGGCGCCGUGGGCAUGCUGCGGAACCUGGUGCACUCCCGGCACAAGAUGAUUGCCAUGGGCAGCGCCGCCGCCCUGCGCAACCUGCUGGCACACCGGCCCGCCAAGCACCAGGCGACCGCCACCGCCGUGUCACCCGGCAGCUGCGUGCCCAGCCUCUACGUACGCAAGCAGCGGGCGCUGGAGGCCGAGCUGGAGGCCCGGCACCUGGCCCAGGCGCUCGGGCAGCUGGACAAGCAGGCCCAGGCUGAGGCCGAAGCCGUGCCCAAGAAGCCAGCGCUGCCGCCCCUGCGGCACCUCGACGCGCUGGCCCGGGACUACGCCUCCGACUCGGGCUGCUUCGACGACGACGACGCGCCCUCCCUGGCCGCAGCCGCCACCACCGCGGAGCCUGCCAGCCCUGCCGUGCUGCCCCUCUUCCUGGGCAGCCCCUUCCUGCAGGGCCAGGCGCUGGCCCGUGCCCCGCCCACCCGCCGCGGGGACCCCGAGCCCGAGAAGGAGGCCGGGGCCGAGGUGGCCAAGGCCAGGCUGGCUCUGGCGGUGGCACGGAUCGACCGCCUGGUGGAGGACAUGUCAGCGUUACACACCUCAUCCGAGGACAGCUUCAGCCUCAGCUCCGGCGACCCCGGGCAGGAGGCGCCCCGGGAGGGCCGUGCCCAGUCCUGCUCACCCUGCCGGGGCCCCGAGGGCGGGCGGCGCGCCCACCCGUUGCUGCGGCUCAAGGCGGCACAUGCCAGCCUGUCCAACGACAGCCUCAACAGCGGCAGUACGAGCGAUGGCUACUGCCCGCGGGAGCACCUGCGGCCCUGCCCGCUGGCCGCACUGGCUGAGCCCCGCGGGGAGCUGCUGCCCGGGCGCCCGCGGCCCAGCCGCCUGGACCUAGAGCCGCGAGGUGGCCGGGCCGAGGUGCCGUCCCGGGACAGCACAGCCAGCGAUGCCCACGUGCGUACCAUCAAGCUGUCACCUUCCUACCAGCAUGUCCCACUGCUGGAGGAGGCGGCGGGCCAGGGGCCCCAGGCCGGGCUGGCGGUCUCCCCUGCGGCCCGCAAGCAGGCCUGGCUGCCGCCCACAGAGAACCUGCGCCAGGUGCCCGAGAAGCUGGUGCCGGCGCCGCUGCCCGCGGCCAGCAAGGCCCUGCAGAGGCUGCUGGCGCAGGAAGGGCCCCUGUCGCUAUCACGCUGCUCCUCCCUGUCGUCUCUGUCCUCAGCUGGACGCCCGGGUGCCGACCUGGACAGCGACUCCUCGCUCGAGGGGCUGGAGGAGCCGGGCCCUGGAGAGGCUGAGCUGGAUGGAGCGUGGCGCGGGCCGGGGGCCGCCUCCCUGCCCGUGGCCAUCCCGGCGCCCCCACAGCGGGGCCGUGGCGGCCGGGGCUCGGGCGUGGAGGAUGCCACGCCGUCCAGCUCCUCGGAGAACUGCGUGCAGGAGACGCCACUGGUGCUGAGCCGCUGCAGCUCCGUGAGCUCCCUGGGCAGCUUCGAGAGCCCUUCCAUCGCCAGUUCCAUCCCCAGCGAGCCGUGCAGCGGCCUGGGCAGCGGCACCGUGAGCCCCAGCGAGCUGCCCGACAGCCCGGGCCAGACCAUGCCGCCCAGCCGCAGCAAGACGCCGCCGGCCGCGCCGCCGGGCCAGCCCGAGAGCAGCCCCUUCAGCCUGCGCUGGGAGAGCUACGUGAAGCGCUUCCUGGACAUCGCCGACUGCCGUGAGCGCUGCCGCCUGCCCUCCGAGCUGGACGCGGGCAGCGUGCGCUUCACACUCGAGAAACCCGACGAGAACUUCUCGUGCGCCUCGAGCCUCAGCGCGCUGGCCCUGCACGAGCACUACGUGCAGCAGGACGUGGAGCUGCGCCUGCUGCCCCAGGGCUGCCCCGAGCGCCACGCGGGCACCGGCCACCGGGGGCGGCGAGACGAGCCUGCAGGCCGCCCUGAGACAGCAGUGCCCGCGGGUUCCCGCACCCGCUCGGCCGCCGACCAGGAGCUGCAGUUGCUGCGUGAGUGUCUGGGCACGGCUGUGCCCGCACGGCUCCGCAAGGUGGCCUCGGCGCUGGUGCCAGGCCGCCGGGCGCUGCCCGUGCCCGUCUACAUGCUGGUGCCCGCCCCGGCCCCUGGCGACGAGGACUCUGGCAGCGACUCGGCCGAGGGCACGCCCGUCAACUUCUCCAGUGCUGCCUCCCUCAGCGAUGAGACGCUGCAGGGCCCCCCAAAGGAGCAGCCGCCUCGGGGUGAUGCGCACAAGCCCCCCAACACUCAGGCCUCCGGGCACCGGCCCAAGGCGGGCACGGGCAGGAGCAGGGCCUGCCUGGAGCUGCCCCUGAGUCGGCCCCUGAGCGCCCGCCCGGAGCGGGAGGGCUCAGGCCCCGGCCGUGUUCCCGGGGCAGGGGGUGGCCGGCAGCCCCUGUGUCUCACGACGCCCACGGAGGAGGCCGUGUAUUGCUUCUACGACUCAGACGAGGCACCCCCUGCGUCUCCCACGCCACCCAGGGCCUCUGCCAUCCCGCGGGCCGUCAAGAGGGAGCGCCAGGUGGGCAGCAGGGAGGCCUGGGUGCCCCCCGCGCAGCAGGUGCCCCGGGCCCAGCCCAGACUUAUUGUGGACGAGACCCCACCCUGCUACUCGCUCAGCUCCUCAGCCAGCUCCCUGAGUGAGCCGGAGCCGGAGCCCAGCGCACGGCCGGCCGGCCAUCCACGGGGCCGGGAGCCUGCGGGCACCCAGCGUCCGGGCGGCGGGCGCCACGGCUCACCCAGCCUGCGUUCCGAGGAGGAGCUGUUGCGAAGGUGCAUUGGCUCCGCCCUGCCCAGGCGCCGGCCCCCUGCCAACGGGCCACGCAGGCGCAAGGCCCCGGCUGCCGGGCAGGACAAGCGGCCGCCGGCCCAGGAGGCCGAGGAGGCGGCCGGCUCGGACCGGGCUUCCGACCUGGACAGCGUCGAGUGGCGUGCCAUCCAGGAGGGCGCCAACUCCAUCGUGACGUGGCUGCACCAGGCAGCCGUCGCAGCCCCCAGCGAGGCCUCCUCUGAGUCCGACUCCCUCCUGUCCCUGGGGUCGGGGCUGUCCAUGGGCCCCUCCCCGCAGCCCUCAAAGCACAGGAAUGGGCGACAGCCUGGGGCAGGGGCCGGCCAGGGCAGUGCCAGGCGACCAGAGAAACGGCGCCCGGCACCAGCCAAGGGCAGCGGGGGUCUCCGCCCCCCGGGGGACCCUGACAAGUCACGUGGCCCAACCAAGAGGGGCUCAGGGGCACCAGCCGUUCUCCGGGGACGGACUGUGAUCUAUGUGCCCAGCCCUGCUGCCCGGCCCCAACCCAAGGCUGUCCCCGGCCCCCGGGCCACCCCGAGGAAAACAGGGCCACCCAGCCCGGGCCAGUCAGUGGCCCCGGGCCCUGCACCGGCUCCCGGGCAGCAGCGCUCGCGCAGCCUGCACCGGCCGGGCAAGAUCUCCGAGCUGGCAGCGCUGAGCCGUCCCCCGAGGAGCGCCACGCCACCUGCCCGCCUGGCCAAGACCCCCUCCUCCAGUUCCUCCCAGACAUCACCCGCCUCCCAGCCCCUGCCCAGGAAGUCGCCCACAGCCACCCCGGGGACGGGGUCCCUGCCCGGCCCCCCGGGGGCCGCCGCCUCUUCCUCCGGGGUGCCCAAGACGCCCGCGCGGGCCCUGCUGGCCAAGCAGCACAAAACACAGAAGUCGCCGGUGCGUAUCCCGUUCAUGCAGAAGCCUGCCCGCCGAGGGCCGCCGCCGCUGGCCAGGCCGGCCCCUCCAGAGCCGGGUCCCCGAGGGCGCGCGGGGCCCGACGGGGCGCGCGGGGGCCGCCUGGGCCUGGUGCGCGUGGCCUCGGCGCGCUCCAGUGGCAGCGAGUCGUCGGAGCGCUCGGGCUUCCGACGGCAGCUGACUUUCAUCAAGGAGUCGCCGGGCUCGCUGCGGCGCCGGCGCUCCGAGCUGUCGUCCUCGGCCAGCUCGACGGCGGCGGUGACGGCCUCCCCGGGCGCAUCGCCCCGCCGCGGCCGGCCCCCGCUGCCCGCCGUCUUCCUCUGCUCCUCGCGCUGCGACGAGCUGCGCGCGGCUCCCCAGCAGCCCCCGGCGGCGCCGGGCCCGCGGCCCGCACGACGCCCCAGCUCCGAGAGCCCCUCGCGCCUCCCUGUGCGUGCGCCCCCCGCGCGCCCCGAGGCCGUCAAGCGCUACUCCUCCUUGCCGCACAUCAGCGUGGCCCGCAGGCCCGACGGCACGGCCCCCGCAGCCCCGGCCCCGCACAGCGCCCAACGCCGAGGCAGCGCCGGCGAGGCGCGCCCGCUGCUGCUGCCCAGGGUGGCCGCGCCGGGCACCACGUGGCGACGCAUCCGCGACGAGGACGUCCCGCACAUCCUGCGCAGCACGCUGCCGCCCAGCGCCCUGCCGCUGCGGGGCCCCUCGCCCGACGGCGACGACCAGGCCGCCGCCGGCCCCUCGACGCCCCCGCCGCGCAAAACCAGCGACGCCGUGGUGCAGACCGAGGAGGUGGCCCAGCCCAAGGCCAACUCGAGCACGUCCCCCAGCCUGGAGAGCAGGGAGCUCCCCCAGGCCCCUGCCGGCCACCCGGCUCCCUUCCUGGGCAGCGACGUGGACGGGCCCCCGCUGCCCAAGGGCCCAGCCUCGGCACCCUUCGCCCACGAGGGCGUGGGCGGCUUCCCGGCCAGCCGGCACGGCUCCCCUAGCCGCGCGGCGCGGGUGCCGCCCUUCAACUACGUGCCCAGCCCCAUGGCCACGGCGGCGGCCGCCCCGGACUCGGCCGUGGAGAAGGCGCCCGCCGCGGCCCCCGCCGGCCUCGUGGAGUAGCCCGCGGCCCACGGGACACGCCGAGCACACGCGCCACGCGGGCAGUCCGGCCCGGCUCGCGGAGGCCUGGCCUCCGGAUGCGCGUGGGCUGCGAGGGGCCGCGCCGCGCGGGGUCCAGCCCAGGCAGAGCGGAGAGAGGAGGCCGGGCCGGCCCGGAGAGGAGGGCCGGUCCCCCGUGAGGCCAGCGGUCCCUGCCGAGGGGCUGGCCGCCAGAGCUCUCGGGGUCCCGAACCC